AUGAUGAAUGAUGCAGAACUUGUGCACACCAGGAAACAUUUUCCAGAACAUCUCUUCGAGUUUGUCAAACGAAAACAAAGUUUUCCGUACGAUUGGGUUACGGACUCAAGCAAAUAUGAUUUACCUUUUUCAGAGAGAUCUGCUUUUUACAACAAUCUCACCAAAGAAAACAUUUCGGAGGAACGUUACUUACACGCUUUGAAUUUUUAUAAAGCCGCCGGAUGCACUGAUAUGGGAACUUUCAGCGACAAGUAUUUACUUUUGGACACACUCCUACUCACGGAUUGCUUUUUAGCGUUCCGGAAUAAGCUUUUUUCAGAGUAUAAAAUUGAUCCAUGCCACUACUUAACUCUCCCCCACUACGCGUGGGACAGUAUGUUAUUUUCAACUAAAGUUAAAAUCGAAUUGUUGACUGAAAUCGAUAUGGUCCACUUUUUCUUGAAAGGUUGCAGAGGUGGCAUCACCAACUCCGUGAAAAAAUUUAGUAAAGCUUCGAAUAAAUAUGUCGGAGAAGAAAAUGUGAAAGAUGAAAUUUUUUUAGCUUUAUUCGAUGCGGUUUCUCUGUACUCGUGGGCAUUAAAACAACCUUUGCCGGCGGGUGAUUUCCGUUGGAUGACACAGCAGGAAAUCGACGAUUUUGAUCUUUCGAAAAUCGAUGUUUUUGGAGAUGUCGGUUUUGUGCUCGAAGUGGAUCUAAAUUACUGUCGGAAAAUUCAUCACGCUCAUCAACAAUUUCCUUUUUGUCCAGAAUACAUGAUUCCACCCAAUUCGUUUUCAAAACAUCCUAAAUUAUUAUGCACCUUAUAUGAUAAAAAAAAAUAUGUCAUUCAUUACCGGAUGCUAAAAUUAGCUCUGAAACAUGGAUUAAUUCUUGAAAAAAUUCAUCGUGGAAUUUCAUUCAGGCAAGCCAGAAUAUUAGAGCCUUACAUUGAUAAAACUAUUGCUCUCCGACAAGCAGCCAAGAACGAUUUUGAAAAGACUAUUUUCAAAUUUUGUUGCAACAGCAUAUACGGUCGUUGUUUGAUGAAUACGAGGAAUCGUUUGGAUCUGACGCUUUGCACUGAUCCUGAGCAAUAUCAGAAAUUAGUUUGCGAUAAUUUCUUCAAAAGAUCUGUGAUUUAUGAUGAUAAUUUAGCCGCUGUCCAUCGACUGAAAAAAUAUAUCAAACAUAGCAGUCCAGUACAAAUUGCUCAAUGCAUUCUGGAUGUAUCCAAAUGUAAAAUUUACGAAUUUUACUAUGAAUUUUUACUUCCCAAUUUUAAAGACUCGCUCCAAUUAAUUCUCCAAGAUACGGACAGCUUACUUGUGGAAGCCAAGGGUGAUUUGUACAAAUUUAUGAGCGAAAAUAUGGAUCAAUUUGACACAAGUGAUUUUCCAAAAGAUCAUUCACUACACUCAGAUAGAAACAAAAAAAUUCCUGGAGUUUUCACGGAAGAAUUCAAUGGAGAUCCGAUCAAAUUCGUAGUCUCACUGCGUCCAAAAAUGUACUCGGUAACGACAGUGAAUUCGGAGAAGAAACGAGGAAAAGGUGUGAAGACGUCUACCCUCCAGAAAGAAAUAACGGUUUCAGAUUAUUUGGACUGCCUGUUUCAACGAAAGGAUUUCUCUCACGAUCAAUGUUCGAUAAUCAGUAAAAAACAUGUUCUUUACACCGUCAAAACAAAGAAAAAAACACUAUCGUCAUACGAUGAUAAAAGAAUGGUCGAAAAUAAUGGUAUAACAACUAUCAGCUACGGAUAUUGUUACUUCGAAGAUCACCGACUUCAACUCAGCAAAGUUCACGAAGAGCUUCUUACAAAAUUUUCCUGCGAAAUUGAAGAUGAAGAAAAUCUUCAAACGUAA